UUUAUCAAUGCAAUGUCAUCUCAUGGUAGAGUUUCCUGUGUGCUCUCACAGCACGUUUCUGUUUGUUUUUUUGGCUCUGUCACUGUCCCUGCCUUCUUCCACAACGACACUAGUCUCCGUCUCUUCUUUCUUUUUCUUUUACUUCCUCACACCCCCCAUCUUUUUACAUUUACCCCCAUCAUUCUUCAACCCCAAUAACAGUAUUCAAAUCAUUCAACUUUCCUCAACCUGUUCCAAAACUUGAAACUUUUGGAACUUUGCUUUAAUGGGUUUGAAGAAAAUAGUCACCUAAUCCAUUUUCUCAAUUCCUUUGUUUUUUCAACUAUUUUUUUAUGUAUAAAUAUGUGCUUUUCUUUUCUAUUAUUACACAAAACCCAAAGUAACAAAAUUUGAGACAUUUCAUGUUCUGUUUCUAUUUCUGAGAAAACAAAACUUUGAUUUUGUAUUUGUUGUUGUUGUUUUUGUUUUUGUUUUUGUGUUUUUUUUUCUUUCCUUGUGGGGUGGUAAAAAUGUCAACUUUGGAGAUGACCCAUGUUGAUUUAGAACAAGGAAAUCAUCCUAGUAGUAUUGUUGUUGGAAGUGAUGUGAGUGGUGAAGGUAGUUUAUGUUUCUCUGAUGCUGAUGAUGGUACUUCAAGCUAUUCACGUUUCUAUUCAACAAAUGGUGGUUCAUAUGAUGAUUACAGUUUUUCUUGUGUUUCUGAUCCUGAGCUUGGUGGAGGUGUUCAUGAUGAUGAUUCAGGGAGAGUUUCUUCUGUCACUGAUUGUUCUGUUGAGGUUGAAAUUAGAAUUGGGGUUCCUGAGAUUAAGGUGCAUUUGUCUAAAGUGGAGAAAGAUUGUAGGAUUUGUCACAUGGGUUUGGAGAGUGAAAGUCAUGAAUCUGGUCCUCCUAUUGAAUUGGGUUGUUCUUGUAAGGAUGAUUUAGCUGCUGCUCAUAAAAAUUGUGCUGAAACUUGGUUCAAGAUUAAGGGAAAUAGGACCUGUGAAAUUUGUCAUUCCGUUGCGCGGAAUGUUUACAGUGCAAACGAGGAAUCAGCGGAGAAUGUGAUUGACAAUAACAAUGCUAUUGCAUCAUCCACACUCUCAACAGCUGCUCCUUCAUCAGAAACUCAAAGAUUUUGGCACGGCCAUCGCUUCUUGAAUUUUCUUCUUGCUUGUAUGGUUUUCGCAUUUGUAAUAUCGUGGCUUUUCCACUUUAAUGUGCCGUCAUCGUAGUUUCAUUCAUAAUUUAAUGAACAUUUGAAGCUUAUUAGGGAGCAAACAAAUAAGCUGAGAGAGGAAAAGAAAAGAGAGAAACAAAGAAAGAAAUUCCAAUUCAAAGUCCAAUGAGAUUGUUUUUUUAAGGAAUGAAUCCUUCUACAAUUUGAGGCCUUAUUGAGUUUAUAUAGGCAUUAUUAUUCAAUCCUUCUUCAUUUAAUGUUGUGCAUUUGUCCUAGAUUAUUUAGCUUCACAAAAAUUGUCUUUCAGAAUCAAUGUAAUUUCUGGACAAGUACUCAAAUGUAUAUUAUAUUAUUUUAUUAUUA